UGGGACCCGAACAAAAAGAUUAACCAACAAAACACCCGACGAGGACGACGACGACGACAACGAGGCCACCGGAGAUAGGCCAUCCAUCACCUUGGUGUCCGAAGCAAAGGACGUAAUACAUUCGUUUAUCAGUGAGCGGCUGGCUGCUGGAUCGGAACACGCUACAUUGGAAUUUGGUCACAAAACAAAAACAUCAUUGGCAGCCGGAAUUUGAAAGGGCUGCAGAGCAUUUGCGACCGACACGAGAAGACGGAACCUUUCAAGCCGAACCGACCUUUUUUAACGACCGACCGACCUCUAUACGAUAGGAUCAGAACCAACACAUCUUCCGACUAAUACAUUCCGCAUUCUUGGUGCUUCCGACUUGAGUCACAUGUCUUCGAAAAAGGGCUCAAUUGAAUCAUCUCUACCGACGCCUCGCUCUACACUCGUACUCGUACCCCAACAAGCGCCAACUUUUCGGUGGAAAUCAGGGUUGGGCCAUACUUGAUCGCUUUUGGCGGAGCUUUUCGCUCUCGCUCCCUUGGCCGCGUCUUGAGGACGCGGACUCGCAAUAGCGAAACUUGCUCCAUAUUUACACGACUCGGAUCUCAGAACUAUUGACUCGCCGCCAUGUUACGGCCGGCUACGCCUCUAGCGGUUCUGCUUGCCGGAGCGUUUGGCCUGUUGUUGAUUUCGGUCUUGUCGACACCCAUCAUCAAAGCCAUCCCGCUCGGCGAGUACGUUGGCGUGACGUUUGGUGUUUUUGGGUAUUGCAUCAACAACAACGCAAGAUGUAGCCCCAUCGAGAUCGGCUACGACGAAGGCUUGGCCGCCGCGCUGGCCGAGAAGAAUGCCAACUUCGACCUCCCGAGCCAGGCGAGACGCACACUUUCAACCAUUCUCAUCAUCCAUCCCGUCGCCGCGCUCGUAACUCUGAUCAUGUUCAUCAUGUCGAUCGUUGCGCACUUCCAUUCGCCAUCGCACUCUGCGAGAUACCUUCUCAUCGUCUUUAUCGUGGGCCUCCUCAACUUUUUUAUUUGCCUGCUUGCCUUCCUGGUCGACGUUUUGCUCUUCGUUCCCCACAUGGCUUGGGGUUCAUAUCUGGUUCUAGCAGCCACAAUUUUGGUUGCGCUCAGUGGACUAGUUGCUUGUGCGAUGCGGAGGACGUUGGUCUCGAGAAAGGCUAGGAAAAAGCGCAUCGAAGAGAACGCUGAGAUGAGCGGCGAGAACUUUUACAACCGCCAAGCACAGCAAGUCACGCCCCCAGCAGAGGACAAGCCGACUGUUCCCAAUCUCAGUGGCGCCAACGGCGAGGGUGGUGACAAAUUGCCUAGCUUUGCAACUUACGAGAAGCGGGACGAUCUGGGCAGCGAAGAUAGGGUUCCUUUGACCGCCAACAGCCCGGCCAACCGCUCCCCCAAUGCGCAGUAUAAUGACCCGAACCGACCGGACGGGCAGUUCAACCAACCUCGCAGGACGCCCUCGGGCAGGGAUCAGUACGGAAACCCGAUCGAAGGACCAAUGGAUGCGUAUGGUGUGCAAAGAGCUCCGUCUGCGGAGCGCAUGAACCCUGGUGCUCGAGGCGGUUACAGAGGCCGCGGUUACGGUCCACCAGGAAGGGGCGGAGGUUACGGGUAUGGUCCGCCACCUGGCAGCCGAGGAGGCUAUGGGCCCCCAGGCCGUGGUGGAUAUGGACCCGGUCCAAAUGGCAGGGGAGGAUACGGACCGCCUCCAAGAGGUGGCUAUGGUCCGCCAAUCAGAGGCCGUCCGCCACCACCUGGUUACCAAUAUGAUAGGAGAGGCUCCCCGGCAGAGGCAUACGGCCCACCACCGGGACAGGGACCGUAUGGACAGAGACAACAAUCCCCAGGGCCUCCCUCGGCGCCUGGCUACGGUAUGAAUGGUUCAACGCCAACAGUCUCGUCCGCUGCGUAUGGCCACCAACACACACCUUCAGAUGAUCUACCGAGAGCGGAAUCGCCCCCUCCACUGCCUGGAACAGAGCCUAUGCAGCUAGUAGGGCAGGCGGUCGCGAUGGAUGCCAGCACAGGUAGUCCCCCGAUGCCUCAGAAUGGCUUUGCCCCAAUGCCACCAAACCGCUUCGGGGGUGGCCAACAGUUCCGAGAUAGCGAUGCCGACAUACAGGGGAUGGUAGGGCUCCAGCAGGGUAUCUCGCCUGCGGGUCAACAAACCCCACCGCAGCAAAAUCAGACUCUCACAAGCGAGCCGAAACGCUACAACCAGGAAGGAGCCCAAUACGUACCCGCACGGCAAAAUUGGAACGAUCAGCGCAGCAAAACCCCUGGUGCAGAGAGCGUAAUACACCCAAGCAUGAUGCCACAGCCCCUCAACGCAUCGAGAACUGAUCUUUCUAUGGCGAGGAACUCACCUGGACCUGUGGGUGCUCCGGCAAGGUCACGCACUUCGGAAUACUACGAGGAUAUAGCUCCGAGGUUCGCUACCCCUGAUCCCUCAUUACGUGGGACUCCAGUACCAGGACAAGCUGGUGGGGGGAUACCACCGCCCAUAAACCUCCCUGCCGGUGCGCCAGAUUUUGACGAGAUGCCGGAUGGCUCCCGGAGUCCGGCUGCCUCAGAGAGGUCAACUUUCACUAGCAUUUCACAGCGGGGUAUCAACCCCAGGUGGAACCCACCGCCGCCGUCUAUGAUGCCUGGCUACGGACCAGCGCCACAACGGCGACCAAACCGCAAUGAUAUGCUGCUGAACAGCAAUCCGGAUUUCGAGCUACCUACCAAUCGAGGAGGUAGGGGUGGCAGCCCGCCCAGGGCACCAGGGACGUCGAUGAUCCCUGGUAGCGCUUAUCCUAACGGUCGAUUGUAGGACACAAGUGACCGUUGGUUACCAUGUUGAUACAGAUUCGGCACAAAUAUCCCACACUAUAUCCCUUCGCUUUACGACUCCAUUUCCUAUAGCUUUAUUCACACAUUCGAUUCCUCGUUUCUCCCCAGCCCUAGGCCGACUUGCUCCGGGCCAAACACAUUAUUAUAUACAAAGGUCGGCCUUGUUUUUUUUUAUGCCGUUUUGCGCACCGCCGUACCGCUUUCAAUAUUGGUGGAUGGCAAUUUGCAUCCCCGCAAAAGAGUUGGGAUGUUCAAAAUCCCGCUACUAAAAUUCGAUUCAAAUUUUCCUUUCUCGUCCAUACUCAUAUUUAUCACUUUUGGCCUCUCAUAUAACGGAGUUUUCUUUUUCUUUGUUUACCCAGUAUAUCUUUUCGUUGUCUUUUCUCUUGCUGCUUUUUUUUUUCUUUCUCUUUUCUUUUCACAUUUUGGUAUAUAGGUGGAGUUGUAUGUCUUGUUGGAUACUCGAUAGAGAGUGGCCAUGGUGCGGAAGUUUGUUUUUCUUGUUGGAAACGGAGACCCGUUUAGGAUGAGCGCGGUUGGAGAGCUCGAGUGGAAAGAGGAUGGUGGGAAAGAAUAACCGAGAUUCGGUUAUGUAACUGGGCCUUUAAUGUCUACCUGGCCCCAAGGAGUCUUCUUGAUCUAAUACGUUGGGCCCGUCGUUGGAAGAGAGAGUGUGUGUUUGAGUUCGCUGGUAGUCUUGUAUGGCUCAAGAUGGGUUGUCUGGAGAAUUUCAAGACAAUAUGAGACAUGGGAGCCGGCAGCAUGUAGCUAGGGAGUAGGCUUGUGGGGAUGAGAUGAAAAGAAACAAGAAAUAAUCAACAACGACUGUUAGCAGCGUGAAAGAA